AUGCCAGCUAUAAAGAAUCCACAAAGAAGGUCAAACGGUGUUGCUGUUGAAGUCGCUUCAGUAUUGGGAUCAGGUACAUCUAAAAUCAGCAAGAAGAUAAGAGAUAUUGAAAGACUGUUGUCUAAAAGAAGAGAUAAAUUACCAGCUAAUGUUAUUGUGGAAAAUGAAAGAGCUUUAGCUGCUUUGAAAAUCGAGAAAAAAAAUGCAACAAAGAUACAACAAGUUAAAAAAAAUGCAAAGAAAUAUCAUAUGGUUAGAUUUUUUGAAAAAAAAAAAGCCUUGAGGAAAUAUAAACAAGCUAAAAAGGAAUAUGAUCAAUUAAUAUCUUCAAAUUCUGAAAAGAAAGAAAUUAAAAAGGCUAAAAAGAAACUUUCACAUUGUGAAAUUGAUCUGGCUUAUGUUGUUUAUUUCCCAAAAUCUUGUAAAUAUAUUGCACUUUAUCCAACAAACUCUUCAGAAUCAGAAAAAGAUGAAACUUUAAGAAAAGGUUUAUUGAAAACUGAAGCUGAAAGAAAUCAAUAUAAAAAACAAUAUGAGCAAAUGAUAAAAGAUGGCACUAUCUUGGUGGAGGAUAUUCUUAAAGGUGAAACUGCAGCUACGCAACAAAGUAUACAAGAUCAAGAAGAUGAAGCACCAGAUGCUGCACAAGAACAAGAUGAUGCAGAAGAUGAUUUCUUUGAAUAA